AUGUCUAACAGCGACGACUUGUACCCCAUCGCGGUGCUUAUUGACGAGCUUAAGAACGAAGAUGUGCAGGCUCGAUUAGAAUCAAUCUCGCGCUUAACAACUAUAUCUCUGGCCCUAGGUCCAGAGCGCACUCGUUCGGAGCUACUGUCCUUCCUACAAA